UGAUCCUUAAUUUUAUUACCUUUCAGAUUAUAUCUGGGUGCUGGCACCCAGCCACUUCUCAGCCAAUGAAGUACAUCCUGGUCACCGGUGGGGUCAUCUCGGGCAUCGGUAAAGGGAUCAUUGCGAGUAGCAUUGGGACAAUUUUAAAAUCAUGUGGACUCCGAGUUACUGCCAUCAAAAUCGACCCGUAUAUAAACAUCGAUGCGGGCACUUUUUCACCAUAUGAGCACGGUGAAGUGUUUGUCUUAAACGAUGGUGGAGAAGUUGAUUUAGAUCUUGGAAAUUAUGAAAGGUUUUUGGAUAUUAAUCUUUAUAAAGACAACAACAUCACCACUGGAAAGAUAUAUCAACAUGUGAUCAAUAAAGAAAGGCGUGGUGAUUACCUGGGGAAAACUGUACAAGUUGUCCCUCACAUCACUGAUGCUGUCCAGGAGUGGGUUAUGAAUCAAGCCAUGGUGCCCGUGGACGGUCAUAAGGAAGAGCCCCAAAUAUGCGUUAUUGAGCUGGGUGGCACCAUUGGAGACAUUGAAGGAAUGCCAUUUGUGGAAGCGUUCAGACAAUUCCAGUUUAAAGCAAAAAGAGAGAAUUUCUGUAAUAUCCAUGUUAGCCUUGUCCCACAGCCCAGUGCUACUGGAGAACAAAAAACCAAACCCACACAAAACAGUGUCCGUGCACUGAGGGGCUUAGGCCUGUCUCCCGACCUGAUUGUCUGCCGAAGUUCAACGCCCAUCGAAAUGGCUGUGAAGGAAAAGAUUUCUAUGUUUUGCCAUGUGAACCCUGAACAGGUCAUAUGUAUCCAUGAUGUUUUUUCCACCUACCGAGUGCCUCUGCUUUUGGAAGAACAAGGCAUCGUUAAAUAUUUUAAAGAGAGAUUGGACCUGCCCAUUGGGGAUUCUGCAAGUAAUUUGCUUUUCAAGUGGAGAAAUAUGGCUGACAGAUAUGAAAAGUUACAGAAAACAUGUUCCAUAGCCCUGGUUGGCAAAUACACCAAGCUCAGGGACUGCUAUGCCUCCGUUUUCAAAGCCCUGGAACACUCAGCCUUGGCCAUCAACCACAAGUUGAAUCUGAUGUACAUAGACUCCAUUGAUCUGGAGCAGACUACUGAAACUGAGGACCCUGUGAAAUUCCAUGAAGCUUGGCAGAAGCUAUGCAAAGCUGAUGGUGUUCUUGUGCCAGGAGGCUUUGGAAUCAGAGGAACGUUGGGAAAACUCCAGGCUAUUUCUUGGGCAAGGACACGGAAGAUUCCUUUUCUGGGAGUUUGCCUUGGAAUGCAGCUGGCAGUGAUAGAGUUUGCAAGAAACUGCCUUAACUUGAAAGAUGCUGAUUCCACAGAAUUUGACCCGAAUGCCCAUAUUCCUGUGGUGAUUGACAUGCCUGAGCACAACCCUGGCAAUUUGGGAGGAACAAUGAGGCUGGGAAUAAGAAGAACUGUUUUCAAAACUGAAAAUUCAAUAUUAAGGAAACUUUAUGGUGAUGUUCCUUUUAUAGAAGAAAGACACAGACAUCGGUAUGAGGUGAAUCCUAACCUGAUCAACCAACUUGAGCAGAAUGACUUAAGUUUUGUAGGUCAGGAUGUCGAUGGGGAGAGGAUGGAAAUCAUUGAAUUGGCAAAUCACCCCUAUUUUGUCGGUGUCCAGUUCCAUCCCGAGUUUUCUUCUAGGCCGAUGAAGCCUUCCCCUCCAUACCUGGGGCUGUUACUUGCGGCAACUGGGAGUCUGAAUGCCUACCUGCUACAGGGAUGCAAGCUGUCUUCCAGUGACAGAUACAGCGAUGCCAGUGAUGAUAGCUUUUCAGAGCCAAGGAUAGCUGAGUUGGAAAUAAACUGAAACUGAUACGUGACUUGGAAUAACCAGCACUGCCUGAGAUGCUCUGAAAUAACUAAAGGCAAGACGAAGAACUCUCUGAAGAAAUCAGCACACUCUUAUAGAAUCACUUUCUUCUCCACCAAACAUGGGAUGUAUAGCCUCGAGCAAAAUCUAAUAAUACCACUUCCUGAACCAGAAUCAAAGGGGUGGUUUUCUUUUUUCUCCAGAGGUAGCCUUUAGUUCUCACAAAUUUCUUUAGCUGAUUAAAGUUUUCCCAACAACCUUA